AUGAGUAGUGAUACUAAUCAAAAGGUAAAUUUCAUUGUGUUAAGAUUAUCUUAAAAUAUAAAUUCAUUUUUAAGAUAACAACACUAUGUGUGUCGUUAGCUACAACAAUAUUCGGGGCAUUGGCUUGGAUUUACUUGUUUGUAGAUUAUUAUACUGACAGUAAUUGUAAGUUUACCGUGGAUACGUCCUUAGGUUCGAUUUAUUUUAGGUUGUUCACAUAAUUCUGCGCCCCCGUACCGCGCAAAUUAGCUUUGAGAAGGGGCGCAGAAUUAAGUGAAAAACCUAAUAUUUUAUUUUCUUAAUCGAGAUUUUAUUGUUAUAACUAAAAAGUUACAUUUUUUUAGAUUACGAAUCAAUGGGUAAACAAGGAUAUAAAUUUUACUUUUUCUUGCCAGGUAAUAUGAUUUUUAUAAAAAUAUUGAAUAUACAGUUGGAGUUUCUGCAUAAGCAGCUUCUAUACACCAAAAAAAUUUUAAAUUUAAAAAUUUUUUUUGGCUUAAAACUUUCUGAACAAUCUAAUUAAAAUAAAUUUUAAUCAGGCUUUUCUGUAUAAUAUAAUAUACAUCAGAUAUUGUUUUAGUAAGUGUCCAACGUUCAAUGAUGUACGUCGAAUGUAUAUUUUUAUUUUGCGGUAUGCAAUUGUUCUUCGGAGUAUUGUUCAGGAUAUGGAUAUUGUACAUUCCUUACAUGAUAUGGGCGGUAAGAAAUACUUUUUGCUUCGUAUAUAUAAUAAUUAUGAAGAAAAAUUUUUUGAGAAGUGCUAUAGUGCCUACUGUGCUUACGAUUAGCGGCCUUUGGGGGGGGGGAGGGGGGACAGGGAGUGGUGAAUAGGGUACUGUAAGUUUUAAAAUUUUAUCCAUUUCCAGAUGGUCCGCUUACCAACCUAUCUAGUAGGCAGUGUGUCAUGUAUGACAGUUGGUUUCAUUGAUUUGACAGAAAGUAGAUUCCCUACCAAUCUCUAUACUCCCACCUUCAACAGUACAAAGACCAUGACAUCAAUCAACAGAGGAAUUCAAAACUCCCCAUCUUUCCAGUUUUUUACUGCAUGUUUCAUGUUCAUUUACAUUAUCUUAACGUCAUUCAUGUUUAAAGUUGUAUACGAUGAUUAUACCAUAGUAAGGGCAAGUGGGUUGUCGGUAAAACAAAAGAAAUUCAUUCGAAAAGUUUCUGAGUUUACUGGCGGUAAAUAA